GAUAUAGACCAGUUUUUAAAAAAAGGGAAAAAAAAAUAGAAAAACUUUUCAGUGUGGAGACACAUGGCGGCGGAGGGCAGGAGGCUGCGGGCUGUCGCGGAGGUCGUGUGAGCCGCUGAAGGAGGGCUGUUUUCGUCUUUUUUUUUCUUCUACCCCUCCUCUCUCUCUCUCUCUCUCUCUCCACUCUCUCUCUCCCUCUCUCUUUCCUGGGGUCGCACGGGGAGAGGAGCCAGCGGGCUGCUCCUUCACUUUAGCCGACCUGCUAGCUUAACGUCAACUUGGAGGAAAGGAAAAAAACAAAGUGGAGAAGCUUCAUCCGCCGACACAGACCUAUGCGACGGAUAACAGGUGAGUGAUGGAGACGAGAGAGUUGACGGUGGUAGCUGGCAGCUUCGUGGGUUUCCAGCUCCUCUUCUCGGUGGCCAGCCCGCGGCUCUCCUCCGCCAUCACGCCCGGUUAUGGACAGCUGCCUCCCACCAAGCUCACAGAGUGGAACUCCAGGUUGGUGUCGACUGUGCACGCUUUGAUCGUGGGCUUGUUCUGUUUGUACAUCCUGUGGUUUGAUGACGCGGUCAACGCCAACCCCGUCUGGGGUGACCCCAGCCUCGUCAAGCUAAAUGUAGCCAUAACCUGUGGCUACCUCCUUUAUGACCUCGUGCUGCUGGCGUUGAACUGGAGCACAAUGGGGGACAGCUUUUUCGUCUGCCACCACUUGGCGGCGCUCUACGCCUACGGAUACGUGUUGACGCGGGGCGUUCUUCCCUAUUUCGCCAAUUUUCGCCUCAUUUCAGAGUUGUCCACGCCGUUCGUGAACCAGAGGUGGUUCUUCGAGGCGUUGAAGUUCCCCCGCUCGCACCGCCUGGUGGUGCUGAACGGCGUCGCCAUGGCGGCGGUCUUCUUCCUGGUGCGCAUCGCCGUCAUGCCGUCGUACUGGGCCAGCGUGUUCGCCACGUUCGGCACGGCGGACUUCGAGCGGCUGGGCCCCGGCGCCCAGGUGGCGUGGAUCACGUCCUGCGUGGCGCUGGACAUCCUGAACACCAUCUGGAUGUACAAGAUCACCCGCGGCUGCUACAAGGUCAUCACGGGGAGGGGCGGCGCGCGCAAGGCGGACGGCAAGCACCACGCCAACAACCACACGGACUGAACGCCGGGCGGGCAGACCGCGUCCUCAGGUGCCGCCGACCCCGGAGCUUUGAACCAGCAGCCUCGGCGUUUUGCUCGCCGACGGAUCAGCGUCCCGCUGGGCGAUCGCUUCCAGUCGACACAGGCAGAGCUCACAAGCACACUUUUAUCACCCGCCUCCUCCUCCUCCUCCCUCCCUCCACGCCUCCACCUCCGGUCUCCUCUCACACUUCAGCCAAAGCCCCAAUCCUCUGAAGUGCCUGUUUAAAAAAAAAAAAAAAAAAACAAAACAAAACAAAAAAAAAAACAGGAAAGCAAUAAUGGUGGAGGAGCAGGAUCACAACCAAGUUUCAUCCCCUCCAAUCAUCUCGCUCACCGCUGCUCCCGAUCCGUCGGAGGCUCCCUCCUCUCCCGCCGCUCCUCCUUCAUUUCCGUCCCGCCGGAGGAGACGCGUGUUCGUGAAUCUAUAGGGCUCUCGUCUGGAACUCAUCGAACCUCACUCAGAAAGAGACAGGA